UACGCGUGUUUAUUUCAUCUUUUUGAAAUUUCACACAGUCAAUACCAUAUAUAUCCGACAGUUGCAACUGGACAAAACUGGAUUUGGAUCGGGUACAAAUUAUGCUGAAGUAUAGAUAUCUUUUAUUAACACGUGAAAUAACAGUAAAGGCACAUAUAUCAACUUUUUAAAUAUUCUUUGGUUUGAAAAUGACUGAGGAAACAAAAACAGGAGGGAAAAACGUGGUUAUAGCUAUGGAUGGUAGCGAAUAUUCCAAAUUUGCAUUUAAAUGGUAUAUCGACAAUUGUAGAAAAGCAGAUGACAAUGUUUACCUCGUCCAUGCAGUGGAGAUGACUCCAAUCUUCUCGACACAACUGCUGUCUUCUCCAUACUCAUAUGAUCCAGAGGUGCUAGAGGUAAUUUUGAAGAAAGAAAAAGACCGCGUAACACAAGAAUUACAGCAAUUCUCUCAACUUCUUAUUGAAUAUGGGGUUCCUGGAACAGUUAAGAGCGUCCAUACUUCUAAUCCAGGAGAAGGUAUCGUAAAAAUAGCUGCAGAGUUAGAUGCCGCCAUUAUUGUGACUGGGAAUCGUGGUUUGGGCAAAAUACAGCGCGCUUUUUCAGGAAGUACAAGUGACUACAUUCUGAAUCAUUCCGACGUUCCAGUUUUGAAUUGCAGACUUUGAUAUUGAUAGAAACAUUUAAAAAAAAGGUGUCGCUCUUAGUAUUUAAUGUUUUUCACAAAAUUUAAAUUUGAAAUUUUCAUCAUAAACAAGAA